AUGGGAGGCUAUCGUGAUAACUCUAGCAGUGAUGAGGAUAAGAGACGUCGACGAGGUUACUGCUAUAACACAAAUCAGAUCUAUGGUUUUAUAAUUAUGGUGCCAGAAGACAUAGUGGGAGUUCGGACUCGGACCAUUCGGAUCACCAAAGAGGAUAUUCACGGUACCGAAACCAAGGAGGGUAUGGCGCAAAUUAUCGACAUUACUCAGGUGAUCGUCAUUCAAGUUCUGAUGAAGGGAAACGAAGCAGAAGAUUUUACUAAGGGACACUUAUUACCUACAACCAUUACUGGGUGUUCUACAAUGAACGAUAACCCGAAGGGACAUUAA